AUGAUUACUAUGGAGAAACGAGAAAUCACGGGAGACCGCAUGUCGCUAGAUCCAGAGGCCAAAUCAGGGCAGUCGAAUGUACUUGUCGAUGAAGAUGCCGAGAGGUCUUACGUGCGGAAAGUCGACUUCUUCGUAUUGCCUUUGUUAUGUCUGAGCAAUCUUGCCAAUGCGAAGACAGAUGGUCUGGAUAAAGACAUUCAUCUCGAAGGAAAUGACUACUCCUUGCUCGUUUUGUUGUUCUAUAUCCCAUUCGGGUUGUUUGACCUCCCGUGGAACCUGCUCAUCAAGCGGUUCUCUGGCCGGUUGAUGCUCUCUUUGAUGACUGUGGUCUGGGGCAUAUGUGCGAUGUGUCAAUGCGCGGCCAAGGACUUUGGCGGCAUGUUGGCCAUCCGCAUCAUUCUCGGAGUGUUCGAAGCCGGCUUCUUCUGUGGAGCGACGUUCUAUUUCACUUUAUUCUACACCCGUGGUGAAAUGGGCUUCCGCUUGGCCAUCAUGCAGUCCUUUGCUGUGCUAGCUUCUGCAUUCAGCGGACUGAUCUCCUUUGGCGUAUUCCAGAUCGGCUAUCCCGCAGUCCACGGUUGGCAGUGGCUGUUCAUCAUUGAAGGGGCAAUGACCCUCAUCACCGGAAUCGUCAGCUUUUGGUGGCUGCCGGACAACGCUCAAACGGCCUGGUUCCUGAACGACCGAGAACGAGCUGCUGCGACAGCCCGACUAUUGCGUGACACUUCAUCCGAGGUAGAAACUGAACUCGAUCUGAAGUCGUGUUUUCGGACAUGGAAAGACUGGAAGUUCCCCAUUUGGUGUAUCAUCACGUUCACAUACCCGGUGGCCUACGCCACAGCGAUGAACUUCUUCCCGCUGAUCGUACAGCGCCUGGGAUACUCCGUCAUCAAGACAAAUCUAUGGACGGUGGCGCCCAAUCUCGUCGGCGCAGUCGUACUGCUGUGUGUUGCAAAGUCAUCAGAUUAUUUCCGCGAACUCCACGCGUGGCACAACAACAACAAUGUUCAUGAGAACUCACGAGCCGCCAACACGGGGUUCUUUGUGGGACUUGGGAAUAUUGCGGGGGUUCUGAGUGCCGCCACGUUUCGUACUGAAUAUGCUCCGAAGCUGGUAGCUACCUGCUGUUGCAACGGAGUGUGUAUCGUCUUUGCAACGGCUCUAGGACUGUGGAUGCGCUUUGAGAACAGACGACGGGACAGGGAGCAGGGGGUCAAGCUGCGGGCAGGGGCCGUUCCUACUAGCGACCUGCUAGUCACGUAUAAGUCUAGCCCAUGCCUCCUACCCCCCACAGAGACGUUGUCGGAGCUGCCGCUCUUUCUUUGUGCUUCCGGACCUCGUCAUGGCCCAGCAAAGAUGAAGAACCACGUCUGCCAGUGGCCUAGCUGUGGAAAGAGCUUUACACGCGCGGAGCACUUGCGCCGCCACGCGUUGAAUCAUGAACAGGCGCAAAAUGGCUAUACUUCAAGACACAUGAUGCGACAUGCCAAACGCGACGAAGAGGCAGGAGGACCGGGCUUGGGAGUGCUGGAGACCCGUAAACGCACUCGUCGUGCGGGUGAUGGGACGAUUAUCACUCGGCCUCCAAAACGGCAGUCUCGCCCUGCACACUCACAGUCCACUACCUCAUCAUCCAUCUCUAUAGCGAGCUCGCGAGACCAAAAUUACGGUGAAUUAGAUGCCCAUACGCCGCAUGGGGCACCUGUAUCGCCUCCUGGAUCUGCCAGCGAUCCGCCAUCGCUGUCUUUGGAUGAUACGGAUGCCCUGCUGGCACCGAUGAUGCCCGGGGGCCCAUUUGAGCCCUAUGUCGAACCCAUCCCGGGUCAGUUCGAUGCAGCAGAUGGUUCAUUCAGCCUGGGGCUAGACACAACAGCCGACUUUUUCAACAUUGAUACGGCCACCGAUUUCAAUAUGCCCUUUGCUGCAACCCAUAACUACAACUGGCUGUUCGACGUCUCAUCGCUCGACGAUGCAUUUGAUCAGUUCGACGUGCCUCUCGGUUCUGAUAUGAUGACGUUUGCCGACCCUGUCGAUCCCUAUCGAAACAACACUGCGCUUGAGUUUCCUGAGAUGAGAGCUUUGUUCGAUCAGGAUGGCUCAUCAGUCCUGCUACAGGCAGCCUCGUACGUUGAGCGAGGGACUCUCGUAGAAACCGCGCAACCCAUUGGCAUGCCUGAUGUGGUCGAUAUGGAGUGGAUGACAGGGUCUUCUGUCUUCGAGACGAGUACGCCUCCCCAUCUCCCUCGUCUGAAUGAAGAAGCCCGGCGUGGCAUUCUCACACUUGUGGCCCAAACAUCACCGGUUGGAAUUGAUGGCAGUGCCACAGCUCUUGACUCACCUUUACUUUCUAUGCAAUCUCUGCAAAGCUACUGUGAUCUGUUUUUCACUAGAUUCAACAUUACAUAUCCUCUCAUCCACCAGGCGACUUUCAAUCCCAAUGCAAUUGAGCCGGUCUUUCUCGCGGCUAUCCUGUCGAUGGGCGCCACCUACAGCAGCCGCGAGGCGCAUCAGCUGGCGGUGGGCAUCCAUGACGCUCUGCGAAACCAGCUCUUUUGCCAUGCAGACUUCUCUCCCCAGCCCGACCUCUGGGUGUUGCAGGCGAUGCUGCUUAUCGACUGCUUCGGGAAGAUGCGGGCUGGCCCCAAGCAGCGCGAACGUGCGCAGCUUUUCCACUGCGUGCUGAUAAAACUCAUUCGGCGCAGUAAUUGCUGUACCAUCCGAACCCAGGGCUUGUCGAACCGACCGAAUGACCUGGAUUUCGCUUGGCGACAGGCGAUGGAACAGGAGCAGCGCAAGCGACUGGCGAUGCAUUGUUUCAUGUGGGACACACAGCACGCGGUUUUGUUCUCGCAGUCCUUGUGCAUGUCGGCGUUUGAGAUACGAUCGUCUCUACCCUGUAGUGCGGCCGCCUGGGAAGCGAACACGGCAGACGACUGGGCUCGUCAUGCAUCUCGUGAACAGGAUCAUGUCUUCCUCAAUGUCCUGAAGGGUUACAUUACCCCAGGAGCCGUGUCCCGCCCACGGGACCUCAACUCCCUUGCACGCAUUGUCGUGCUACAUGGACUGAUGUCUACGACCCUGCGGUCGGAGACACCGGAGAAAGUGGGUGCAUGGACGCCUCGAAUGGGCCGGUCUUACGACUUGUGGAAAGUCGACUUUGAUGCCGACUGUCUGGCAAUGAAGCUCGGCCAAACCGCGGAUCCCCGUCGCUUCACGGGAGUCAAGACAGCCACGCAUGCCCUCUAUCGAGCAGCUCAUCUAGCGCUCAACGUGGAAGUUUUGGAUUUGCAGAUCGCAGCUGGAGCUACACAGAUUCUUGGCCGCACAGUGACCGAUGACGACCGAGAACGUUCACGGCGACAUCUUCCCAGGUGGCUCCAUGGGGAAUCGGGUGCUUCACUUGUAGCUGCGCGCCAUGCGGCGUGCCUCCUACAUGAUGCCGUCUUGAGUUUGCAUGAUUGGGAGCAAACGGACGCCUUCCAUUUCCCGUGGUGUCUCUAUCUGGCGGCACUGACAUGCUGGGCUUUUCAUCGAGGCAUGGACGAUCAUCUUUCACAGGAACGAAUUGGGACUGACAUCUCUUCAUUGAUCGUGGCGAUGACGACAUGUCCGAGCAUGCCGGAGUUGGCUGCUCUGGGAGGGAAAUACGACACAAGGGGACUGUUGAUGGUGAUGGCGCAGCAGCUGGCGACCGUGCGAUGGGCAGUGGUUCAUGAUGCUAUGAAGGUGCUGUUGAAUCUGUCCAAGUAG